UUUCAGCCCCGAGGUACCCGGCCUGGUGGCCCAGGACGUUCCCGUCGCAUGGCGGAGUGCUGCGGACGACGCCCAUGAAGCCCGUGGUCCUUCUAGUCGCGCUUUUGCUAUGGCCUUCGUCAGCGCCGGCGUUUCCGAGUGAGUGACCGGCCUAGGCGGCGGCGACCCGAGGGUCCUCGGACAGCCUCCAGGUCUCGGCCACUGGAAGUGCGGCUCUUGCUUUUCCCGCGUCCGGCAUUCCUCCUGCCCCAAUGUCCAGGGUGCUGGCCCGGCGCCAAGAUGUGUCCCCCUGCUCGCGUCCGCGCCGCCACAAGGCGGACCCGGGACCGCAAGCGUGCGGGAGGCGCUGUCGGGCAGGCGGAGCCCUUGGAGUGUGGCCUCCUCCGCGGGGAGACUCGCCCUGUGCCACCCUGGGCCUCUUCCAGACGCCUGGGCAUUACUGUGUCUCGUGAUGAAGAACAAAACUUGAAUCAUUACGUACAAGUUUUAGAGAACCUAAUACUAAGUGUUCCCACUAGGGAACCAGGCCCUGAGAAAAAAUCAAAGUCUCCAAAAAAUCUUUAUUCUAUAGGAUCAAAGAGGUCAAAAUCUGAGGAGACAGUUACACCUUCAACUGAGAAUAAUGUUUUAAUCAAGGAUGUUAGUGCAGGAAGUACUCCUUUCUCUACUAGAGACUUCACAUCACCACCGGGAGUAGGGAAGAAACUAAUGACUGAAAAUACACCAUUCUGGUCAAUCAGACCAAACAACAUUUCUGUUGUUUUACAUGCGGAAGAACCUUAUGUUGAAAAAGAAGAACCAGAGCCAGAGCCAGAGCCAGAGCCAGAGCCAGAGCCAGAGACAGAGACAGUGACAGUUACAAAACGCAGCCGGACCUCAACGUUGUCACCACGUACUACACAAUUAUCUACUGCCACAUCAUCUACUGCCAAACUAUCUCCAUUUACAACUCUCAGUUCUACCAGCAGAUCUCAAAUGUACCUGUGGACAGAUUCAGAAGAUGUUCCCCAGCUCUCAGGUGACUCUGCAUCAAGCAGAUUUAAAUUCCCAAUAUAUGAACAACACUCAGACAAUAUGCGUAAUGAUAUCAUUUUGAGAAAAAUUUCAGAAAUAUAUGCACAAAUGCAACAGGCACCUCCUGGUGACAGCAAUAAUCCAGAAUAUAAAGAGUAUAUUAAAGCCUCUAAAGAGCUCCUGAAACGAAGCCUUGCUCUAGCAGAAGCAGCAGAAUAUAGAUUAGAAAAAAUGUAUACAUCCGAGGCAUUGGCAGAAGGACGAACCGGUAAUCAAAUUGUUGACAUUGAAACUGUUAUUAAUACGCUGUAUAAUUCUAGAUAUAAAUUACCGGAAUAUUUAGAUAUUAAAUAUGUUCCAGCUGAGAUGAGAGAAAAGGCUAAUACAGUAUUCACUACAUUGAAAAAUAUAUUAUGUGCAGGUCAAGUAGAAACUCAAAAUCUUAUUAAGAAGUUAUUAAGCAAUAAUAUAAAAAUGUUAAACCUACUUGAUAUUCCACGAUAAAGUUGGUUUAAGCAAACUGUAUUCUUUCACAGGAAAAUAAGCAUAUUAGUGAUUUCAAAGAUGUUUUAAAAUAUUUUUAUUAUAAUUUAAUGCACUAACAUCUUUAUAUGACAUGUUCUAAAAUUUUUCAUAUGCACAGAAAUCUAAUAAUUUAAAAUAAAAAUUUGGUUCAGGAGUUUGUAGUUUUUUUCUCAUUAAUUAAAAAAGCUAUGAAGAUCUAAUUUUUAAAACAUUAAAGUUGGGGAUGUAGCUCAGUGGUGCAGCACUGCCUAUCAAAUGUCUGAGGCCCUGGGUUCAAUCCCCCAGCACUGCUGUAAAAAAAAAGAAUCAUUGAUUUUACUUGAAUAGAUUAGCUAAAUUCACCCAUUUUAUGAGUUGUGACUACACUCCAUAUGUAGCUAGUUUGAAAUAAUUUUAUGUGUAUGGUUUUUAUUGCUCUUUCAGGGAGUAAUUCAGAGAAUCUCAGUUUUCUUUCUGGAUAGCACAGUUGGGACUCAUAUCAGAAUUACUUUUAUUUGGACAUAUAUGUGCCUCCUUUGAAAAAUGAUAUAGGACCCAUCCCUGUUUUUUUGUCGUCAAGUGCUUUUGGAGUAUCAAUGAAGGACCUGAAAUUUGUAAUGAAGUAAUUUUGACUUAUUUUCUCUAUUGGCUUAUUUGUGUACAUACACAUCAAAGCUUUGCAAAUGUUUUGUCAGGAAGUAUGAUUGACAUCGUUGAGGUCAACUGUUGAGGUCAUAGUAUUAUUAUGGUGCAGGUAAUUGUUUCAUUAUUUGACCAGUAUUAAUUCAAAUUCAUAUACUUAUUUCUUCAUCUAGCUAGUCAUUUGUGGUUUAAUCAAAAUUUAUUGAUUUUCUAAUAGGAUAAAUUUGCUAGACUUUGGAGAUAUAAUAAUGAAGACCUAUUUCCUUCUCUCUUUGAGAUUACAUUAUAGCAGGAAAUAUAAAUAUUAAGCAAAUAAUUUCAACAACUUGAAAAUUUCAGUUGUGGCAAGUUAUUAUGAAGGUAAGAUAUUUGACCUCAUCUAAACCAAGAAUAAUUGGAAAGUUACUCUGGGAAAAGAGGUAUUUAAGGUAAGGUCGAAAGUAGAGGGUGUGUUUACCGGUUAGGUUAAGGGAGCAUUCCAAGCCGUGGGAUGAGUGCAGGUGAAAGCUCCGGUCUGAGAAUGAGUGUGGUAGGUUCAAAAAGUACUUGGAGUAUGGGGAUGCAUCUUGGGAGAGCAUCCUGAAAUGGAGUGGGAUAUACACAGGGUCAGAGUAGACCCUGCAGGGCCUUGUAUGCAUGUUAGAUAUUUUAGCCUUUCUCCUAUGAUCAAUGAGAAUCUAUUAGUGGAUUUUAAGUGAAGAACUAGUAUGAUCAAAUAUUUUUGUUUAUUUUUUAAAAACUAGCUAAUUUUAGAAGUAGUCAUAAAUAGUCAUGCUUUGUGCACAGGCCAAAUUUAGCUGGAGUAGAUGGAAAGAAGCAGCAAUUAAAAGAAGAAUCAAGGGGCUGGGGAUAUAGCUCAGUUGGUAGAGUGCUUGUGUCACAUGCACAAGGCACUGAGUUCUAUCCCCAGAACCACAAAAAAAAAAAAAAAUCAGUAGAAUUUGAUGAUUAAAUGGACAUGUGUGAUUGAGGGAGUAGUGGGGUUCAAAAAUAAUUGCCACUAGCUGUAUUAUAAAAAGGAAUAUGUAGGUUUUAUUUCAUAAAACACUAUUUACUGUUGUUUAUUUUAAACAUGAUUUUACUAUUAAAAAUGUCAAACAUUUGCAAAAGUAAAUAAUGAUAUAAUGGACCCAUAUACCCAUCAUUCUGUUUCAAUAAUAUGUACUGUUGGCCAGUUUUCUGUCAUCUAUACCUCUGCUGCUUUGCUCUCUUCCUGUAUGCUGAAUUAAAUCCCAAAUACUUUAAUCAUUUCAUCUCUAAAUAUAAUGAUAUGAAUCUCUAUAAGCUUUUUAGAAUACAUAUAACAGUAUAAUCACAUAUAAAAAUUGUUUUUAAUAUCAAAUAUCUAGUCAAUGUUUAAAUUUUAAAAGUUAAAUUGGAAAUUUGGAGUUUCUUUGUAUGACUCAAGAACAAAUAAAUUUCACACAUUGA